AUGGGGCCGCCUCCCGCACCAUCGACAUACCCCUUCGCCGCGUCUCCCGACAUCAUACGCUCCCACCAGAAAGAUGCCUACUUCUCCGGCGUCCUACUCGACCAGCUCUCCACCCUGAUUCGCAAGCUGUAUGGCGCGCGGAUCGCACACACAUAUCUAUCAGAAACACGUGUUUCUGCGGAACUGCUGUACCUCGGACUCACGACGUUGAUAGGAAAUCGGACGUUGGGAGAAGAGUACACAGACAUUGUGCAGGUGGAAGCCGACACAGGUCGAUUGCCCGCACUAGGGAGGAGGGCAGGAUACAUCAUCUUCUGCGUACUCGGACCCUAUGUGCUCAACAGACUCUUACCCGCCUUGCGAAGAAGAGUCCGAGCCAAACUCGAAGCCAAACUCCGGACCUACAGCCGCCAACACACCAGAGCCCAACACACGGCAAACCAGCACGCCCAAGAAAGCGGUACAAAAGCACAGCAGGUCAAGAAACCAAUGGGCAUGCGCAUCCACAACUACCUUCUCCAAAACCUCGACACCAUCACCAGCCCUUCGCCCGUCUACGCCCUCAGCCUCGCAACCUUCUACUUCACCGGCUCCUACUACCACCUCUCCAAACGCAUCUGGGGCCUCCGCUACAUCUUCACCCGCAACGUCGCCGACUCGGACAACCGCGCAGGCUACGAAGUCCUCGGCGUCCUGCUCGUCCUCCAAAUCGCCGUCCAAGCCUACCUCCACCUCCACUCCACCGUCACCUCAUCCUCCACCUCCGCCGCCGCCGUCGGAGGCGGCCACCCAACCUCGACCUCUGCCCUCGUCGGCGGCGGCGCAGAAGUCAGCCUCGACCCCACCGCCUACACAACCAACAACGCGCUCCUGACCAGCGCGACCACCACCCCCAUUCCACCCACGGAUCUGCAAAAAUGGACACACACGCCGCUUCCGCGCGCGCCGUACCACGAUCUCAGCGAUGGGGAGAGUAUGCAGUGGAUCGAGGGCGGGAAUCGCAAGUGCACGCUUUGUCUCGAGGAGAUGCGGGAUCCGACGGUUACGACGUGUGGGCAUGUGUUUUGCUGGGGUUGUAUUGGGGAUUGGGUGAGGGAGAAGCCCGAGUGUCCGCUUUGUAGGCAGGGGGUUGGGGUUGCGCAUUUGUUGCCGCUUCGGGGGUAG